AUGGAUGAUAGGUACAUAAAGAUUGAAAAAGUUGGAGAAGGGACAUUUGGUGUGGUAUAUAGAGGUAGAGAUCAAAAAACAGGAUGCGUUGUUGCAUUAAAAAAAUUUCGUAUACAAAAUCAGUUUGCUGGUGGUGGUAGUAGUAUGCCAGGCAUACCUUAUACAGCCAUUAGAGAAAUAUCAAUACUAAAGAGAAUUAAUAAUAAGAACAUUGUGAAAUUAUUGGAUACAGUUCAAUCUGAAAAUAAUAUAUAUUUGAAAUUUUUGUGGCAAUUAAUGAAUGGUGUUUGUUUUUGCCAUUCUAAUCGAAUUCUUCAUCGCGACUUGAAACCACAUAAUUUGUUGAUUGAUUCUAAUGGAAAUUUAAAACUAGCGGAUUUUGGAUUAGCAAGAGUAUGUAGUCUUCCAAUAAAAGCGUAUACUCAUGAGGUUGUAACUUUAUGGUAUCGAGCCCCUGAAAUACUUCUUGGAUGUCAACAAUAUUCAACUGGUGUAGAUAUUUGGAGUGUAGCCUGUAUAUUUGCUGAAAUGUUUUUGAAGGACGCUUUAUUCAGAGUUUCCAAUCUACCAAAUUAUAAAGUAAUUUUUCCUAAUUGGGCAGCAAAACCAUUAAAAUCACGUAUUCCCAACCUGAACUAUGAAGCAAUUGAUUUAUUAGAGAAUAUGUUGGUUUAUGAACCCAACAAACGAAUUUCAGCAAAAUUAGCAUUGUAUCAUCCAUAUUUCGAUAGUUAUAACCAACGAAAACGUAUAAUACAUUAA